AUGCUCACCGUGGACGACGCUCUGGAGCAGGUCGGGGAGUUUGGCUGGUUCCAGAAGCAAGCCUUUCUGACGCUAUGCCUGCUCUCUGCCGCCUUCGCCCCCAUCUACGUGGGCAUCGUCUUCCUGGCCUUCACCCCGGACCACCGCUGCCGGAGCCCCGGGGUGCCCGAGCUGAGCCGUCGAUGCGGCUGGAGCCUGGCCGAGGAGCUCAACUACACGGUGCCGGGCCCCGGGCCCGAGGGCCAGGCCUUCCCCCACCAGUGCCGCCGCUAUGAGGUGGACUGGAACCAGAGCGCCCUCGGCUGCGUGGACCCGCUGGCCGGCCUGGCCGCCAACAGCAGCCUCCUGCCUCUGGGCCCCUGUCGGCACGGCUGGGUGUACGACACGCCCGGCUCCUCCAUCGUGACCGAGUUUAACCUGGUGUGCGAUGACUCUUGGAAGGUGGACCUCUUUCAGUCCUGUGUGAAUGUGGGCUUCUUCCUGGGCUCUCUGGGCGCCGGCUACAUUGCAGACAGGUUUGGCCGUAAAGUAUGCCUCUUGGCCACCACCCUCAUCAGCGCCAUCUUGGGCGUCCUGACGGCCGUUGCUCCAGACUACACGUCCCUGCUGCUCUUCCGCCUGGGGCAGGGGCUGGUCAGCAAGGGCAGCUGGACGGCUGGUUACACCUUGAUCACAGAAUUCGUGGGCUUGGGCUACAGAAGAACGGUGGCGAUCCUCUACCAGGUGGCGUUCACGGUGGGGCUCGUGCUGCUCUCCGGGCUGGCCUACGCGGUCCCUCACUGGCGCUGGCUGCAGCUGGCCGUGUCUCUGCCCACCUUCCUCCUCCCGCUGUGCUACUGGUUUGUGCCCGAGUCUCCCCGAUGGCUGUUAUCACAAAAGAGAAACACUCAAGCAGUAAAGAUAAUGGACCACAUAGCCCAGAAGAAUGGGAAAUUGCCCCCUGCCAACCUCAAGAUGCUGUCUCUCAAAGAGGAUGUCACUGAAAAGCUGAGCCCCUCGUUUGUAGACCUGUUCCGCACGCCGCACCUGAGGAAGCACACCUUCAUCCUGAUGUACCUGUGGCUCACCAGCUCCGUACUCUACCAGGGCCUCAUCAUGCACAUGGGCGUCACCGGCGGGAACCUCUAUCUGGAUUUCUUCUACUCUGCUCUGGUCGAAUUCCCGGCGGCCUUCAUCAUCCUCGUCACCAUCGAGCGCUUCGGCUGCCUCUACCCGCUGGCUGGGUCCAAUCUGGUGGUGGGGGCAGCCUGCUUCCUCAUGAUCUUUAUCUCACACGAUCUGCACUGGUUGAAUAUCGUGGUAGCUUGUGUUGGCCGAAUGGGAAUCACCCUCGCGUUCCAGAUGGUGUGCCUGGUGAAUGCUGAGUUGUACCCUACGUUCCUCAGGAACCUUGGAGUGAUGGUGUGUUCCUCCCUGUGUGACUUGGGUGGGGUCAUCACCCCCUUCCUGGUCUUCAGGCUGAUGGAGGUUUGGCAAGGCUUACCACUCAUUUUGUUUGCGGCUUUGGGGCUAGUUGCCGGGGGAAUGACGCUGCUUCUUCCGGAGACCAAGGGGGUCGCUUUGCCAGAGACCAUCAAGGACGCGGAGAACCUGCGGAGGAAAGCAAAGCCCAAAGAAAACAAGAUUUACCUUCAGGUCCAAACAUCAGAAUUCAACUCGCAGGCACCCGAGAGAGAUGCUCCGCUGGGGACCGGGUGGCAGAGAUGA